AUGCUUCGACAACUUUUUGUCCGUAUUUUUGAAACAAUUAAGGAAUCUAAACAAUUAUUGUUUAAAUAUCACGAAAAUGAGGGGGAUUUUACUAAAUUGGCAACAGAUAAAGAAUCUCGGGAACAUUUUGCUAGAAUUAUUGAAAAUACAAUUUUUCUUGCUGGAUUAACUUUGUAUUUUCCCAAAUAUGCUUUAUAUUAUGUUAACAAAGAUGUGAAUUUUCAUCAAAUUUAUUCAUGGUCAAACAACUUUUGUGCGAAUUUAACAUUUUUGGAUCAAGAGUAUUUUUUUCUAAAUAUAAAAAAUUCUUUUUUUAGAACAAAAGAAUUGCUCAAUUUGGCUGCUCAAGAAAUCGAAAUAAUUCCAAAAUCUGAAAAUUUUUUCAAUCCUUACAAAGAUAUUUCAAGUCUAACAGAGAAGGAAGAAAUGCAACGUGAAGCUCUUAAAGAAAUGAAAGAAAGAGAAAUGGCAAAGAAAAUGGAAAAAUCAAAUAAACCAAAAAAGAAGAAAAAUAAAAGUGAUUCAAUGAAGGGUGAAUUGUGA